ACGAAAAGUUCGAACAUGAAACGAUUGUAAUUAAGAUUCUCCAUUAAUUUCUAUACCAACCCCUUCCUCUACGUUACAUUUAAUUUUUUCUUUUUCUACCUAAAAAAACUUCAGAGAUAUAUACACUAUAAAUAAUGAGGAUGCUGUGAUCAAAUCUCUUCCAUUCAAUUAACCUGCAACAAUGUUGACCUCUCAUCUCCUCUCCUGCUGUCAGAUUUGAAGUCCGGUUGUUCUCCGCAGGCAGACGGUGGUCAUGCUCUUGAUUAAUGAAAAGUGUCUCCACGAUUAAUUGGGCCAUUUGUAAGGCUAUUGAUCUGUUGGAAAUGCUAAAGAGAGAAGAGGAAAUGCUUUCUGCAAUCAAGGAAAAACAGUUGAAGGGGCUCUUGAUGAUCGCACAUAGAAAGCUGAAUCUGGCGCACAUAUUUUUCGAAUGUUCAACAUGGAUGACCAAUGUUUUUCUUCAAGAUGUAAUCAAAGAAAUCAAUAAAGACAAUUUAAAGAUUUGCCUCUUGACAUGUAUUUUCACUGAUGUUUGUCUUUUCGAGCUGUUAUGGUUACCCAAAAUGCAGGAUGGAUGUUUGAGUAUGGAGAAUAUGUUGCGAUGAUGUAAAAGGGAAAUGCUGGUGUCAAGAGACAUGAAUGAGAAAUAGCCUAAACAUCAACAUGAGAAAUGUGUAGGCACAUACACAAUACCCACAUCAGCGUCUUUGGAACAUUUACCGUUGUGGCUGCUAAUGUUUGUAAUCUUGAACUACAGAGAAGGCUGCAAGUGAAACAGGAUUCAGUGAUUCAUAGGUGCAAGAAGGCAGUUGAAUCUUUAGAAGGUUUAAGUUUAAAAUGUAAAAGAAAAACCAAUGUCUCAUCAUCAUUAGUUGUGAGGACUAUUUCAAAUGUCUCUGUUUUAUUUGUAACAACAGUUACAAGUUUGGUAAGUUUUGUUUAAUCUUCAUUCUUCAAAUC